AUCCAAGAUACUGUGACCCAUGCAGAAACAGUGAGAAGUGCUCUAGUCUCUCAGGUCACAACCUCAGUCCAAGCCAGGAAAAAAGGGAAAAGAAAAGCUGGACACGGUUUAAUUUCUGAAGUUAAAUUUAGUAGUUAGCCCUACUCUUGGAAACUUCCUGACAUGACCACUUCCAUGGACUACAACCUUUUGACCAAUGAUCGGCAAACCAUGGACAACCUGGAAAAGCAACUGAUUUGUCCGAUCUGUUUAGAAAUGUUUUCCAAACCCGUUGUUAUUCUCCCAUGCCAACAUAACUUGUGCCGGAAGUGUGCGAAUGACAUGUUUCAGGUAUCUAAUCCAUACUGGUCAACCCGUGGCUGUACCACAGUAGGGUCAGGGGGUCGUUUCCAUUGUCCUUCCUGUCGUCAUGAGGUGAUUCUGGACAGACAUGGUGUCUACGGGCUACAAAGGAACUUACUCGUUGAAAACAUAAUUGACUUAUACAAGCAGGAGUCAAUCAGACCUGAAAAGAAGAGUGAGCAACCCAUGUGUGAAGAACAUGAUGAUGAACGGAUCAACAUUUAUUGUCUGACAUGUGAAGUGCCAACAUGCUCCAUGUGUAAAGUGUUUGGUGCUCAUAAAGACUGUGAGGUGGCUCCACUCAAUAAUAUUUAUAAAAGGCAAAAGUCUGAGUUCAGUGAUGGAAUUGCGAUGCUAGUAGCAAGCAAUGACCGGGUUCAGACAGCAAUCACUCAGAUGGAAGAGACAUGCAAAAAUAUUGAGGAUAACAGUCGCAGACAAAAGGAACUGAUGUGUGAAAAGUUUGAUAACCUGUAUGGGAUGUUGGAGGAAAAGAAAAAGGAUAUGCUGCAACAUAUCACAGUGGAACAGGAAGAAAAGACACAACACCUUCGCUCAUUGAUGAGGAAAUAUGGAGAACAUCUUGAGGGGGUAUCCAAGACCAUUGAGUCUGGAUUGCAGUGUAUGGAGGAGCCUGAAAUAGCAAUCUUCUUACAGAAUGCAAAACCUCUUAUUAAAAAGAUUUCUGAAGCAUCAAAAAUAUCACACAUGGAGAAAAUAGAACACGGCUUUGAGAAUAUGGAUCACUUUUCAACGGAAUUUAAGAAGGAAGAAAGGCUUCUCAGGAUGAUUGACUUCCAGAAAUUUGAAGAGGAGACAACUGAACUCGAAGAAGAAGAAGUGGAAGCAGAAAAAACUGAAGACAUUCACGCUGAAGUGGAACAACCUCAACAACAGGAGGAUACUGCCAGAGCUACAUCACCAUCCAUAAAUCCAACAGGUCCAAUACCCCCAAACACAGCUGCAUUGGCAUCAGAAGAGGGAACUGAUCCAUUGCCAACAGAUACUGUUCAGCAGGCCAUGGUUGAGUUGAAUGAGGCUCAUGAUGCUCAGAAGUCUGAAACUCAGUUGCUAUCAAUAGCAACAGCUGCAGAUGCCCUGUUUUACCCAGCUUGGCAUACAACCCAUACAUUGGACAAGAUCAGCCCCAAUUUGAACCAAAUGAGCAACAAUUCAGGUGAUAGUAACAGUCAGAUUGGAUCAGUAGUUGAUAAAGAUGCAAAGAAACCAGCAGCAGACUACAGUUCGGCUGCAUUGGAGGUGGAUGGUAAUGAAGCUGGUACAGCUGCAGCUUUAUCACAGGCUGGUUCUGAAAGUUCCGCCCCCGUCCAAACUGAAGAUGAAAGCGGCGGCGGAGCAAAGAGCGGCGAGGCAGCGCGCCACGUCUUCUCCUUCUCCUGGUUAAACUCACUGGCUAAAUAGAGAAAUCAGACCCCCGAUAAAGUCAAAGAGAAACAUCUUAACCCUUCCAAAAUAACAUCAACAAUUGGAUGAAAAUAUGGGAUCUCUGGAUUGCUAUUCAAGCUUUGAAACUGUAGAUCUUUGAAUUUGAGGAUUAUUUAUUUCAUCCUGUGCCCUACUGAAAGUGGACUCAUUUCACUACAGGCAGCGUAGGUCUGCAAACGAUUAAAACAUGUUAAUGUGAUUGUGAUGGCAAUUUCCUCUAUGGUUUCGGAUCAUGUCCAGUGAACUGCGGCGUCCGCAAAUUUUAACUCUUUUAAUGUUGACCCCUAACACGAGCCGGUGAGCCGGCGAUGUUAGGGUGGGUGAGGUAAAGGCUUACGGCAAAACGUGUAACAUGUGAGUAGUGACGGGUUGUAUUCCCAAUUAGCAGCGAUCUGGGCGCUUUACUGUUUCAUGAAUGAAUGCCCGACGGCGUCUUCUUGUGAUCUGAGCAGCAGGAGGUCCGAGGGGUUCCCGCGUUCUCACUUCAUUGAUGAAAAUUGUUUGCCCCACACAAGUAAUACACACAAUUCCGGCGCAAGAAUGUACGAAGCGGUAACACAGCAACACGCGAUGUUUAUUCAGGUUUUUUUUUUCCGCGCCUGGUGUGUUCGUAGACAAUACACUUUGACAUUUGAGUAACUGAACUAUCACUGUCUCCACAAUAAAGCAUAAAGCAAGCGUCA